CGGGCAUGAUCAGUCGGGUUCAAGACACGGAGUAAAGAGGACGUUUACAGGAUAUGUGAAUUGCGGAUUAGUAUCUAGUAGAAUAGUGUGUGUCUUCUUUAAGUUUGUUUUUCCCUUGGCACAUCAUUCAGUUCCUAAAUAUUAGUGGAGUUAACAGAUUUAAUAUGAUUUUAAGAAGUAUAUUAUUCGCCGCAUUGAUAGCGCUGGGUACAUGCGAGGAAAGCGAGCAGGUUGCAGUAGUCGAAGGUAUUCCUGUGAGUGGAGAUGAAACAGUCUCAGUUGCAGAAGAUAGGAUUGAUGAUGACUUUGCCGAGGAUCAGCUAGCAGAAGAAAGCCAAUUCUCACAAACAGUAUUUGCCGAGGAGAGAGAUGGCGGUGGACACUCACACGACCACGACCAUGCUCAUGUUCCUGCUCCAGCUCCUAUUCAGGCCCCAGCUGGAGAUACAUACGGAGCUCCGAGUGCUGACAGCUACAGUGCCCCUCAGGCUCCCGCCGGAGACAGCUACGGAGCUCCUCAGGCUUCUCCAAUCGAUGACUAUGGAGCACCCCAAGCUCCUCCUGUUACCAACUACCAACCCCAAGCUGCAGGACCUAUCCCAGUCCCUCUCCCAGUUCCAGUAAGACCUGGAUCCAUCGUUAUCCCUGCUGGACCCAAACCUGCCUAUAACAGACCACCUCCCCCACGCCGUCCGUCUCCACCUAAGCCUGCUUACAAUGCUCCCCGACCUGCACCUCAGCAGCCCUACAACCCUCCUCAGAACCCUCCUCAAUACAAACCCAGGCCUCCUCCGCCAAAGCCUCAAUACCAGGGACCAGCUGCCUCAGCUCCCAAACCUCAAUACAACAAACCUCAGAGACCUCCUCCUCCUCCACAGAAGAAGCCUCAGUACAAGCCUAAGCCUACUUAUGCUCCUCCCAAGCCCGCUUACCAGCCAAGACCUGCUCCUCCUAAACCCUCUUACAGGCCCAAACCUGCAUAUAAACCUGCUCCUGCUCCUAUUCCUCAGAAGCAAACCUAUGCUCCAGUAGCCAAACCAACUAACAAUGCACCAACCUAUGUCCAGCCAACUAAGAGUGACGAGGCCUGGCCUCAGGCUCAGCCCGACAUGCCCAAAAUUAUCAGCCUUGACGUGCAAUGCGAGAAGAACCUCAUGAAGGUUUCAAUCAAGUUCGACAAACCGUUCUACGGAAUCAUCUUCAGCAAGGGCUUCUACAGUGAUGUCAACUGUGUCCAUCUUCCAGCUGGAGUAGGACGAAGUGAUGCUCAGUUUGAUGUUGCAAUUAACUCCUGUGGAACUACUGGAAACACAGAGAACGGACUUUACGGAUACGGAGCUGAUUCUGGAUCCGGAACCUACUUUGAAAAUACCAUCGUGGUCCAAUAUGACCCUCAGGUUCAAGAGGUCUGGGACCAGGCAAGAAAACUCCGAUGCACGUGGCACGACCAGUACGAGAAAUCUGUUACAUUCAGGCCCUUCCCCGUCGACAUGUUGGAUGUUGUCCGAGCUGACUUUGCUGGAGACAAUGUUGGUUGCUGGAUGCAGAUCCAGGUUGGAAAGGGACCCUGGGCUAGCGAGGUCAGCGGGCUUGUCAAGAUCGGUCAAACCAUGACAAUGGUUCUUGCAAUCAAAGACGAUGAACAGAAGUUUGAUAUGCUGGUACGCAACUGCAUGGCUCAUGACGGUAAGCGUGCCCCUAUUCAGCUCGUUGACCAAAAGGGAUGUGUCACUCGACCAAAGCUCAUGUCCAAGUUCACCAAGAUUAAGAAUUUCGGUGCCAGCGCUUCCGUCCUCUCUUAUGCUCACUUCCAGGCCUUCAAGUUCCCUGAUUCCAUGGAGGUUCACUUCCAGUGCACCAUCCAGAUCUGUCGGUACCAGUGCCCAGACCAAUGCAACGAUGUAGCUUACACCACACAAUCAAGCUAUGCUUCCUCCAGCGAGACCUACGGAGCUCCAGUAGCACCUCCCCAGUCCUCAUACAGCGGACCUACCAGAACAAAGAGAGAUAUUCCUUACAGUCCUAACUUCCGAGUGAAGAGGGACGACGGAGAGACCGAAGUCGAGGAGAUGGAAGAUAUCGGAGUUCAGAAGGUUAUCCACGUUGUAUCCAGCGGCGACCUCACCUUUGACAUCAAGGAGGGAAACAACGAUACUGUAGUUGAUGUCUAUCCUUCAGUUGCUCAGUCUUACCAUGAGGAACAGGGUUAUAUCUGUAUGUCUACCCCUGCCUUUGCUGCAACCUUGAUAAUCCUGCUGGGAAUCCUCAUCAUCUCAUGCUUCCUAUCCGCCUUCCUCUGCCUCAGGCACAGGAGCUACUACGGAGAUACCUCACUCAUCGCAGCCUUUACAAACCCUGUCUUUGCUCACAAAAAAGGACAUUUUUAAGUCACAAUGACUUAAUUAUCUUAUUUGUCAGCUAUGAAAAGUUAAGCUAAUUACUUUUUAAAUUAGGGUUAUCUUUUUUCUAGCUGCCUCGAAAAUACCUUCAGGAAAAAUAAUGCCAAAUUAAAAAUGAAAAAAGUUUCAUUAUUUUUCAAAACUCCUACAGUGUACGGCUCAGAUUAGUCAUUUCAUUUUCAAAAAUAAUAAAUUUUCUCAUUUUUUAAAUUUGUGCAAAAACCUUCAGAUCUCCAGAGAUCUGUAAGUUUCCUCGCAGCUAAUCCAGAAAACUGUGGGACAAAUAAUUUCGAACCAAACUAUUUGAUAAAUCAGGUUUCUGGAAAAAAGAGUUCAAAUAAUCUGUGAUACUUUAUCAGUAGGAGGUUAUUCCAUUGUAUAAAGCGGAUGCAGCAAUGUCUUGGGAAAUGAAUGCUCAAAAAUAUUAAAACAUAAAAUAAUUGAAUUAUUGUUUAAUUUGAAUUAAAUUUGACAUAUUUCUGCAUUUAUCAGUCUUUGCACCCUUCCCCAAGCAGUAUGUGCUUCUGUUCCAUAAUGAUAAAUGAAUUAUUUUGAAUGAAUCUAAUUUUUAUCAUUGCCCUAAGAUUAUUUAAUCAAACCUGCUUCAAUUCUGUUCGUUAAGUAUAAUUAUAUUGUAAAUUAAAUAAACGUAAACAGAUAAAAAAUAUUGAAAGAUGAAACUGCAAAAUCAUUUAUUACUAAUUUUAUCUUUUUCUUUAUAAUUAUGAUAGAUAUUUUAGCCUCAUCCUUAGUAUUUUUUAUGUUGAUUUUCGUUUAUUAAAUGAACGAUUAUUUUCUAAAUAAUCUGUUGUUAUCACCUUUAAAUGCUCAAAAAGGAAUCCAAAUUCCUCCCAGAUGUGCCAAACUAGUCAAAUUCAUCAAUUCUUUACUUUUCAAAUCUUCUUUCCUUCCACUUAGGUAUAGCCCAGUAGCUUAAUAGCUUAGCAGUUAAACUAGCUCAGUAGUUUUAUGCAAUAUUGUAUAUUUGCUAUUCAGCAGAGGUCAGCAGCUUAGCUAUCAGAAAGCAACUUGGCAUCCAUGGGUGGCACAGAAGCAAAGUAGCUCAGUAGCCUUGCAGCUCAGUAGCUCAUAAGUACCUUAGUUCUGAAUCUCACUCUUCUUAUCUUCCUAAUCUAUCAUUUUUUUACUUUUAAAGAAAUUAAA